ACAGUACACCCAAGAGUCGACCAUUUGUUAAAAUGGGAUGACUAUGAUUUCAGGGUGAGAUUUAGACUUGGAAAGGAUGUUGUUCUUCAAGUAUUAGAGUACAUUGAAGAUGAGAUAUCAUCACCAACUGAUAGAAAUAAUGCCGUAACAACGAUCAACAAACUAUUGCUGACCAUUCGAUUCUAUGCUACUUGCAAUUUUUUGAUAACGGCUGGUGAUUUUAUGGGUGUGAGUAAAACCACAGCUUGUUUAAUUGUACGUAAUGUCAGUGUAGCGAUAGCAAAACUUCGACCAAGAUUCAUCCGUAUGCCAGAGACUGAAACUGAAAUAAAAAAUUUACAACGCYGGUUUUAUGAAAUAGCACGGUUUCCAARAACAAUAGGUGCAAUUGAUUGCACUCACAUAAAAAUUCAAAACCCUGGUGGUCCAAAUGGUGAAUACUUUAGAAAUCGUAAAGGGUAUUUUUCAUUAAACGUUCAAACAAUUUCAUGUCCGGAUUUAAAAAUAAUGGAUGUUGUUGCACGUUGGCCAGGGUCAUGUCACGACCAAACUAUUUUUAAGAAGUCUCGUGUUUACAAUAAAUUGGUCAGUGGUUAUUGGAAAAAUAGUCUAAUUGUWGCUGAUAGUGGCUACGSUAAUUCACAAUAUGUUGUCACUCCAUACUUAAACCCUCAAAAUGCCCCUGAAGGAUUAUACAAUGAAUCUUUAAUUAGAACUAGGAAUCCAGUUGAGAGAUCAUACGGAGUUCUAAAACGUAGAUUUCCCGUCCUAUCUUUUGGAUCACGUUUAAAAAUGGAWAMCACCCAAGCUAUGAUCGUUGCUUGUUGUAUUUUACAUAAUUUAGCAUGUGAUCAUAAUGAUUUAGAACCACCCGAACUAUUAGGUAUGUGUAUGCCAGUUAUAGAUGACUUCAAUUUAAGAGAGGAACAUGAACCAGAAGUUGGAAAUGCGAGACAGCAGUUAACUGAAGAAUAUUUUUCAGUUUUGAUUUAA